AUGCUCCCCUACCUUCUGGCCUUGUGCCUAAACCUCUACCUCGCGCUGGCCGCCAGCAGAACCUCUGCCCCAACCGGCGCCCUCAUCGUCUCCAAAGCCCCCUCCACAGGCCAAUACUCCAAAAUCCAAGACGCCAUCAAUGCCCUCUCAACUACUUCCACUACAGCCCAAUCCAUCUUCAUCGAAGCAGGCACUUAUUCUGAACAAGUCUACAUCGCACCCCGCAAAGCUGCCUUGACUAUCUAUGGAUACUCGACAAACACGGACGACUAUAACAGUAAUGUAGUCACCAUUACGCAAAAACUGAGCUUGAAUCAGGUUACUACUGAUGAUUUGACUGCUACCCUGCGGGCAUGGAGCACAAACUUCAAACUCUACAACGUGAAUUUGGUGAACAGUUAUGGGUCAGGAGCUCAAGCUCUGGCGUUAAGUUCUGCUGCUAGUGUAUGUUUCUCUCUCCCUCCUUCCCUACUUUCUCUACUGAGAACUACCGCUAACACACAACACAGNAACCAAGGCUUCUACGCCUGCAAGUUCUCCGGCUAUCAAGACACCAUCCUAGCACAAACCGGCACUUCCCUCUUCGCAAAAUCCUACAUCGAAGGCGCUACAGAUUUCAUCUUUGGCCAACACGGCUCAUCAUGGUAUUCGCACUGCGAUAUUCGCGUUUUGGCUGCUAGUCAGGGCUACAUUACCGCUUCUGGACGCGCUUCCAAUGAAGCUGGUUACUAUGUGUUGGAUCACUGCUCUAUUGCUGCAAAGAGUGGAGCCACCGUGCCAAAGGGUGCUUAUUAUCUGGGUAGACCUUGGGGUGAUUAUGCGAGGGUUGCUGUGCAAUACACUACCAUCACCAAUGUUGUCAACGCGGCGGGUUGGCAUAUCUGGAAUACUGGGGAUGAGAGGACUGAUCAUGUCAGUUUCGGAGAGUAUGACAAUACUGGAGAUGGUGCUGCGGGCACUAGAGUUAUUGGUACCAAGCUGAGCAAGGCUGUGCUCAUUACUGAUGUUUUGGGCAGUGGGUAUGCUAGUGCUGCAUAUGUUGACAAGGCAUACCUUUGA